ACUAUGAACGCGGGCAAAGAAUUCAACUACUACACGUACCAAAGUGACUCGUCGCAAGGCAGUUUGCAAAAGGCUCCCGAUGAAAAUACUGAUUAUUUCACACAUAAGAUGAACAGCUAUUUGCCAUUUGACAUGAGUACACUGUAUGCUAAUCAGCCGACAGAGAAAAUCCAGAUUUUACAAGAAAUUUAUGAUACCGAGAGAACCUAUGUGAAAGCGCUCACUAUCGUCGAUGAGAUAUUCAUUCAACAACUUAACUUGUGGUGCCCCAAAUCAAAAAAAUGCUUCCGAUCCAUGUUCGGCGAGAUAUCAGCAAUCUGCAAGACUCAUCAAAUCCUUCUGGAAUCCCUUCAGUGCAAGCCGAUCGCCGAGGUCUUUACCAAAUUUGUACCGUUCCUCAAACUCUAUACCAGUUAUGCAUCCCAUUAUCCAAAUUCGCUGAAAAUUUUUGCGAAACUGAUGUCUCGCAACGACUUCCGCAAAGCUCUGACCAAAAUUGAGGAAGACCCCAGAGUUGAUGGAAAGAAACUCCAGACAUACCUCAUCAUGCCAAUUCAACGCAUUCCACGCUAUAUCAUGCUCAUUCAAAAUUUGAUGAAUUACAGCACUGAGAAAGAUGAUAUGACAAACCUUUACAAAGCGUUGUCGGGUAUGCAAGGGCUCUCCGAUCAGAUUCAAUCCUGCAUGACAGCUUAUGAAAAUGGAGAACGACUCCUUCAAAUCCAACUGAAUUUUGGUCUGGAUGGGCACAUUCUUGAGCCAGGACGCGUAUUGUUGAAGGAAGGAAUGUUGUACAAGAGAGAGCUCAAUGGAUCAGCCAACUACCAGGAAACCGUGGUCUUCCUGUUCAAUGAUAUUCUUCUUUACGGAAUCAAGAGAAUCAGUGUGAUGCCACUCUGCAAAUACGAGCCGUCUGCAAUUCUCUCACUCCGUCACUGCAUUGUCCAACUUGAUGAUAUAGGAGGGAGCAUAUUUAUUCGUUGUGGAGACGUCGGUGUGGACUUUACAGCCUACUCACUCGGAGGUGUUACGGAGUGGUACAAUGAGAUUUGCGAUGCUAUUGACAACGCAAAGAAGCUUCGUGAUACGCUGCGGAAAGAGAGUUUCAAGCAAAAGUCGCUCAUCUUUGACAAAGGAUUCUGGCAGAGAAAUCGAGACAAGCUCCGUAAUAUGAUAACUGCCGAUAUGACGGGCAACAUCAGUCGUGUGUUGACAAGAAAGAAGCCAGCUCCGAAGCUCGAGGAAAGUGAUUUUCUUCGUGGACAGUGGACAACUUCCACGAUUGCUUCGAAUCAACGGAAGCGAAAAGUUGCUACUUUGGAGGAUGAAGAAGAAGACGUAUUCAACAUGCUAUCUUCUCCCAAUCUAUCUCAGCGGAAGCGGAAAGCCACUCUGCAAGAGAACACUCCAUCAGGCGUUGGUUGGACAGCCUCCCCAAGAAGUUCGUCUUUUCGAAAACGUAGAGCGUCUACUCUGAGAAAUAAAAAUGCAGAUGUAACUGACGGCAACAACUACCUCAGCCAUCUUGUUCUCAAUGAUGUCACCAUGACACAACCGUACACUGGUCUUAAUGCUUUUGUGGGAACUCCAAAGUCGAGAACACCAACUGAUGACGAUUACGACAGUGAUCGGGACUAUGUUUGGACUGAUGACGAGGAGUUUGUUUCGGACGACAAGAAGAUUCCAAUCAGACGUGUGGCUAGUUAUGAUGAAGAGGAUCGCCGCCCACGCGAUUUCAGCGAGGUUCGUCGCUCUGUGGCUUCGGAACCACCACGUCGCCAUCUUGCAGUGGACGACAUUCGCAAGUUGAGCUACCAACAGCGUUCUCUGGAGCCAUUCAACAUGGUCACUGAGGACGAUGAUGAGGACGACAUCAUUGAUAUCAAAGUCAAAGGAGAGCGUCCACGUCCGUGGUGGGAGACCGAAUCAGCACCACCGGCUAUUAAAAAUCAAAAGUCUUCAAUAAUUGAUUCAAUCAGAAAUAGUUGCGCAAUUAUGUAAUUUUUCCUCUUUUUUUUAAAUUUUCAGCUAUUUUGGUCCAUCUAUUUGUAUGUUUUCAUCUCAUGAUCGUUGAUCUCUGCAUUGUGUCGUUCCUAUUUUUUCUACACAUUUUCUCCCCAUUUUUCCCUUAAAAAUUUAUGUUUUCGUGAAAUAUCUCUCCCCAGAAACUGUUCAGACUGUUCACUAUGUUAUCAAUAAACAGCUAUUGAU